AAUUUCUCAUCUCUAACAGGCUCUCUCCACUUCACUGCCACAAACACUUUUCUCUCUUUCUCUAUAAAUGGUUGGGCGUUAAACGACCAAGAAUAUGGCUGUUUCUGUAAAUUCAGUCGUCGGCUUCACUUCCACGCUGCAGGCCAAGUACCAGCAUGUAGCAAGAGCUGGCGUUGGGGCUUCUGUACUGAAGGUCACCCAUUUCACAUCUUCAUCGCAGGUUGUUGGGUCAAGAAGACUUGGAAAGGGCAAAAACCGGGGAUUAUGUCUUCUAGUUGCAGAUGAUGAUCGUGUUGCCACAGACAAUAGUGACAAAGAUUCUACAAGUACUGAAAGAUCAUUUGUUGAUGAUCGCUCCUCGGCAGUGAAUCUUGCAUCCUUGGAUUCUCAAACAAGAAACAGCGAAAUUCAAACCAGUGCUGAAGUGGAGUCAGGGCCUCAGACGCCGACGGUGUCUAGUGGGUCAACUUUUUCCUCAGAACUGUUGAAACUGGACACUCCUUCUGCCAACAUAAAAUCUAUCCCGAAAAGAUCAUCGCUAACAGCAAGAGAGAAACUGAGAGCUGCCCGCGUUCUCAGUCGUUACGCAGAACCAAAGGCAUCUAAAAAACCACAACUUGGCAGCAAAGUAUUGGAAGCUCUGAAAGAAAGUGAUCUAGGGAAAAAGAGAUCUGGCCUUCCAGAGGCCCCUACAAACUUGUUUGAUGACAGCAAGAGAGGAAUGCCAAAGCAGGGUCUGACUUUUGACUUUCCGGGGGGUGCUGAUGUGUUACUCAUCAUCUUUUCAUUUGUUUUUAUCAGCACAGUCAUGUUUGGGACAACUUAUAUUGUGUGGAAAGUUGGCGCCAUCCAUUUUAAUGAGUACUAAGUUGAAUCCCAUAUUUUGGGAUGAGGUACAUACUUGAUGAAUCUAUGGGGAAGACACAAGCCAUAUUGAGUUCAGGUACUCUCGAUGCUCAACUUUUGGCGGGUAGGAUUUUACCUUUCUUUUAAGCAAGAUGUAUACAUGAUUGUAUAAAGAUUAGCUUGGCCAACAGUUACCAUUCAUCAUCACUUCUUCUGCUUUUUUUGCCCAGUAUCCUUGUAUGGAUUCAUUGAAUGAAUAACUAUGAUAUAUGCUAGUUCCCAAGUUCUUCUUGUGUA